UCGUCCGCUCCGCUUCUUCCACUCCCAUGGCUUCUUUAGCCUCGUCUCUCGCGCUCUCUCCAUCGCCGGCUAAACUCCGUCUUCCUCUUCCUUCUCUAGGGUUCCUCUCCUCCUUUGCGAUCUCCGCAUGCCGAUCCUUCCAGCCAUCUCCCAGGGCCCGGAUCUCCCGGCGGACGCUCUCGAUUCGAGCGCUGACGCUGGAUUUCUUGGGUUCUUUUUUCGAGGGAGGAGGGGAUGAGGAGGGUGGUGGCCCCUCGGCGUUCUCCGCCGCUGCUCCUCUUGGGGACAAGGAGGAGCCGCAAUGCCCUCCGGGUCUUCGCCGGUAUGAGACCAUGGCCGUGCUGCGCCCCGACAUGACCGAGGACGAACGCCUUGCCCUUAUUCAACGAUACGAAGAGUUGCUCGUCGCAGGUGGUGGGUUGUAUGUGGAAGUGUUUAACCGAGGAGUGAUCCCACUUGCAUACAGCAUAAAGAAAAAGAACAAGGCAGGGGAGAGCAACACAUACUUGGAUGGCAUAUACCUUCUCUUGACCUAUUUCACCAAACCUGAAUCCAUGGCUCUUCUCGAGUCGAGGCUCAAGACGGAUGAUGAUGUUAUCAGGUAGAGUCAAACUACCGAUUGGGAAGAGGAUGAGAAUCCAACAUGUUACAUGAUGGGAGGCAGACUUCGAAAUGCUCACAACAGCAGCAGCACGGAAUAGGCUGAAGCCUUCCACCAUGAGCGCAAAGGCUUGAUGUUGCUAUCGAAGCACCACCACACACACGAUCACCAUAAUGGUGCGAAGGGCGGGCUGCUGCUGCUAUCGAAGCACCACAUGAUCACCGUAAAUGCAAAUGUGGACCGGAAAGAUCACGAGAUGGUGCGUGCGACAUGUCCACCAUUCCUUGCUUUUGUUUAUGGACUCGAUUCACUGCUUCAGCGUGCGUCCAUGGCUCGUUUGCUUUUCGCAGAAGAGUCGGAUCCGAUGCAUCGCUCUCUUGAUUGCUUUCUUGACCUUCUUUUC